UUUUUAUUACUUCUACCAAUAGAUUUGAAUUUUCCCGCGACGAAAUGAAAACAAUUUGGAUUGAGGAGGCGCAUUCAACAAAGUUUAUGUAUGGUUAAAUAGUUCAUUUGCAUAUAUAUAUAUACAACGUUCAAGAAUCUAAUCAUGGCUGAAGUUCAUAAUUCUGGUGGUGGUAAUUCAAUGAAUAAACUUUUUAACAAGAUUACUCGUCAACCAGACUCCUAUUCAAGGAAAUCCAACUUCACAUUUGGUAGAACCUUGGGUGCUGGAUCCUUUGGAAUUGUACGUUAUGCAAGAGAUGUAGUUACCGAUGAAGAGGUUGCAGUGAAAAUCAUUUUGAAAAAAGCCCUCAAGGGUAAUGAAGAUAUGAUUGUUGAUGAGUUGCAUUUACUUCAAAAUCUUCAUCAUCCACAUAUUGUAGGGUUUAGAGAUUGGUUUGAAUCUAAGGAUAAAUUUUACAUAGUGACACAAUUGGCAACUGGAGGAGAAUUAUUUGAUAGAAUCAUUCAACGUGGAAGAUUCACUGAACAUGAUGCAUCUUUGGUAAUUGUUCAAAUGUUAGAAGCAAUUGAAUAUUUACAUGGAGAAAAUAUUGUUCAUAGAGAUUUAAAACCUGAAAAUAUUUUAUAUUUAACUCCAGAACAAAAUUCAAAUGUUGUAUUAGCAGAUUUUGGUAUUGCCAAAAAAUUACAUACACCUGACGAAAAAUUAACAUCAUCAGCUGGAUCUUUUGGUUAUGCAGCUCCUGAAGUGAUUUUAGGUACUGGUCAUGGGUUCCCAUGUGAUAUUUGGUCCUUGGGGGUUAUUACAUAUACAUUACUUUGUGGAUAUUCUCCAUUUAGAUCUGAAAAUGUCCAAGAUUUCAUUUCAGAAGUGAAAUAUAAUAAUGCAGUGAUUUUCCAUGCUGAUUAUUGGAAAGAUGUUUCCAAAGAUGCUCGUAGAUUUAUAAUUAAGGCAUUACAAUUUAGUCCAGAACAUAGACCAACUGCAACUGAACUUUUAAAUGAUCCAUGGUUAGUAUCAAUUGCAGCCGUUCAUAAAGAAAAUGAUUUAUUACCACAAUUAAAGGAAAGAUUUGAUGCAAAGGGUAAAUUUAGACAAGCAAUUGAAAUGGUUAAAUUAAAUAAUCGAAUCAAAAAAUUGAAAGAAAUUCAAACUGAUGAAGAUGAUGAUCCAAAUGAAAUUAACUUAUUUGGAGAAGAAGGAGGAGUUGUUUCAAAUACAGAAAUUGAAAAUUCACAACAUAAGCCUGAACAUAAGGCACCAUUAUUUGCAUGGAAGGCAUUUUCAAAUGCUUUAAAUAAAAUUGAUGAUCAAUCUAAGGCCUCUUUAACUGCAGGAUCUCCGGUAGAUGCAACUGUUAGUAGUGGGAAUAGUAAAAAAUCUACUCUUGCAACUAGUGCAUUCGUUCAAUUGGUUAAUACUGCUAGAGAGAACAAGGAAAGAGUUGCCAAUUACAAGGAAGACACUAAAGAUGAGAAAUAAUAAUAUUAAUAAUAAUACAAGAAGAAGAGAAC